CUGUAUUUCUUGUCAUAUAAGUUACUGCUCAUGAACCCAGAGCACUCACACGCAGACCCUCUUACAGAGUGAACCUUGUCUUCUCCUGUGUUCUCUGUUAUUUGUGUUGAGGAAAUACACAAAAAGCUUAUUUUCAUCGGAAGCUGCAGGUUGGUUCCUUGUUUUGUUUUUUCAUCAAGCUCUUGAUACAACGAAAGAUCACCACCGACUGACGGGAUGGGGUUUGGCGCACCAGGGUUCGCCACAUCUGCGAGCGGUGGCCCCAUUCGCCUUCUGUUCGACAGUUUUGCUCAAUUCUGCCAGAACUUCACUGAGGGGAAUAGCGGCUCAGGAAAUGGAGUUCAAUCUAACAAACCUAAAUCUGAAGAACAAGCAGCAAAAAGUGAAAAAGUAAGAGAUAUGGAUUCAUCUGAAUUGGAAGGAACAUUACACGUGGGAGCCAGUGGAAUGUCUAAAGAGGAGGAAAUGGCCAUUGAACUGAUGAACCAGCAGACAAACCAGGCGACAAACAACGAUCAAGAUGAGGAUGAUGUAAAACGCAGAAAGAGCGAAAGCGCCACCACUGUCAGCAGCGUGAGCGAAAAUGACACCACUGCCAGCAGUUUGGGGAUCGAGAGCGAGGAGUACAGCACCAGCUUCGCCACGAGCGACAAGGAGAGUAGCGACGGGGAAGGCUAUUUGCCCGGUGCGCUUCUCAAUGUCAGGUCCAUGUCCAAACACAUUGAUGAGGUACUAGAAGUCAUCGAAAAUCACAAAUUAGACUUCCUUUGCACCACGGAGACCUGGUUAAACCCUUCAAAUUACAAUACGGUGCUCUCGGCCGCUAGUCCCUCUACCUUUAAGUUCCACCAUGAGGCCGGACAGGAUGAGCCCGUCCGCGGCGUGGAGGGCACAGUAUAUGGCGGCGUGGCCAUCCAAUACAAGGAUGAAAACAAGGAAAAAGAACAGGAAAGAAUAUGUUUUAGCCCAACUUUCAAACCAGUGUUUGAUAUUGUGGCCAUGGUCCUGGAAAACGACAAGUUGGAAGUUCCCGUCGUCCUGGUCAACUUGUACAUUUCUCCCAAAAAAAUAAAGGCACAUUUUGGUGAGUUUGUACGCCACUUCGAAGAGCUGCUGUGCAUUUUGAAAAAGAAGGGGUAUGACCACGUCAUCAUCACAGGUGAUUUCAAUAUCCACAUGGACAACCCCGAAGAUCCCUCGGUCCAAACGUUUUGUGACCUGUUGGUUAGAUUGGGUCUGAAUCAACAUACCCAUGGGGCAACACGUUAUCCAGGGGGACACACACUGGACCUGGUCAUCACCUUGGAUGUGGCUAUUCGCAAAAUGAAAAAAGUAUAUAACAAAAAACUCUCGGAUCAUUGUCUUAUUUUAUUCGAAGCCAGACCAGUCACCAGACGGAGAGACGUAAAAAAGUAAAUUAAACAUGAAUAU